AUGCGUUCUGCUUGGGCCCUCGUGCUUGCGGCGCCGCUCCUCGGUGCGCAGGCCAGUACCAUUAAGAAGAGAUUUUCCACUCUUGACGUAUGGCGAAACGGGGACUACGAGAGGGAUAUUGUGGACCAGCUGGCAGAUGAGACAUUCCCCAAGAUUGCCGAAUGGGUAGAAAAGACGGGCUCGAAGUGUACGCUUGAGAAUGCCGUGCAGAGGAAGGAAUGGGCGGAUUUGACCAUCGACGAGCGCAAGGAUUACAUCCAGGCCGUCCAGUGCCUCAUGAAGCUACCUCCCAAGGCCCAGGAGCAAGUCCCUGGUGUCCUCAACCGAUACGAUGACUUCGUUGCUACCCAUGUCACGGGAAUCCCCGUUCUUCAUGCCCCUACGAACCUUUUCGCUAGCCACAGGUACUACAUCUGGGCUUACGAGCAAGCCCUGAGAGACGAAUGUGGGUACAAGGGAUAUCAGCCUUAUAUGAACUACCAGCGACACCAAGAUCCGAUCACCUCUCCUCUGUUCAAUGGAAACGCCACCAGCAUGGGAGGCAAUGGCGCGCCUGCCACGUACGGUGGUGUUGUAAUGCCCUAUCCACGCCCGUACAACGUCAUCCCUGCUGCCGGCGGUGGUGGCUGUGUCACUGAGGGUCCCUUCGCCGAUAUGGUUGUGAGCCUCGGUCCCCUCGGAACCGUGCUCAACGACCUCCCUAGAAAUCCUCGGGCUGAUGGGCUUGGCUCGAAUCCCCGAUGUCUCCGCCGUGAUCUCAACAAGUUUUCCGCAGCGGGUGCAGACGCGAACCACUCCUACUCUCUGGUUAUGGACUACCCCGACGUGGAUUCGUUUUAUAAUCGUUACCUUGGGCAGCCGUACCUCCGAGGUGAUGAGUUCCCGUGGGGUCUUCACUCCGGCGGCCACUAUAUCACUGGUGGCGAUCCUGGUGGUGACUUCUACGCUUCUCCCGGAGACCCAACUUUCUGGAUGCACCACGCCGCUCUCGACCGUCUUUGGUGGCUGUGGCAGAUGCAGGACCCUGAGAACCGCCUUCAGGCCAUCCCUGGUAUUAGCUUCUCCAGAAUGACGAACGCGGAUGCCCAAAAGACCGUGGUAGACCUCAAGUGGACUGCUGGUCCCCGCACUCUAGGAGAACUCAACGACCAGAUGGGCUCGGAGCCUUUCUGUUACAUUUAUGUAUAA